AUUCCAUAUAGGUAGACCAUAGCCAAUUUCCAGACAUCAUGAGUUCAUCACAGCGAGGACAAAGGGAAGAACCGCACAAGUCAAUCCCGACAUCUGCUUCAAUGCAACAACGAGACUUUGCUGAGCAGCAGGAGACAAAAACUUUUCAACAUGAGGGCUUGGCCCCUCAGAUUUCAGUGACCCAGAGCACUCCGGACAUGAACAGGAAGCUGCUCUUGUUGCCCGGCAACCAGUGUCAAGCCCACGCGAGAUCCAGCAAGGCGCAGGCGCCCGAGGUACAGCAAAAGAUGACAAAUCUUGUCCAUCACGAUCAUCGUGGACACGUGGAGGACCAGUGCUGCUCCCUGAAUCUCAGCCACGGUUCCACCACAAGAAACUCUGACCAGCAGCCUCAUGCUGCGAUGUCCAAUAAAGAUUUCGAUGCACUCUUCAAUCUGUUGACCAACAGUCAGAGCAGACGGCUCGACGACCAACGCGUGUCUCUUUGUUCGUUACCCGGUUUGGACAAAAAUGAGCCGCAAUCAUCAUCUGACACGGAUUCGAGCUACUUGUGCUAUAUGGGGAGCAGAAUAGAAACCCAAAGUUGCUCCCUACCUCAAAUCCAGCCCUUGGAGCCGGAACGGAAGGGUGACGACAUUGCACGCUCGGCCUCUUUCAGCCCCGGUUUGAACAUGCAACGCCCCAAGAGCCAAGCUAAGACCUCCCCCAAGAAGGUGUUGAGUCAAGCUGAGCAGAAGCAAUUCCUCAACUUAAUGGCUCACGCGCAGCGAGGCCGCAUGGAAGAGCAGCGGUGUGUCCUCAACGUUAGUCCGCAGACCUCCCCUAAACACAAGCCCGCCCAGAACGCCGCAGCCGCAGGUCCGGAUUCUGACAAGUUCUUCAACCUGCUGGCCAACUCGCAAGGCAAACGUCUGGAUGACCAGCGAGUUUGUCUUCCAUCGUUGCCCGGGAUUCAAAAUGGAGGCCCCUCCCAAACGUCAACUACAGACGCGAGCUAUUUGUGUUACAUGGUCUCUAAAGUCCAGGGCUCCAGGUUUGAUGAUCAGAGAUGUUCUGCGCCUCAUAUCGGUCAGAAUUUAGGCACUCCAAAACCCCAGCGCAAAGUUUCGUCCACCUCAGAAUCAUCUGACAAAGCUCAAAGGAGGUCCGGCUCCCUAGAAAGAAGUGACACUUCCCAGCAGCAACAACUCCUCAAAAUGAUGACUCGCGCUCAGAGAGGACGCAUGGAGGAGCAGCGUUGCACAUUAGCCCAAAGCAGGAGCACGCCCAACACGCCCACACACAACCCAAAUAAAACCCCUGCGGGUCCAGAUACGGAUGGGUUGUUCCUCAGGCUGGCCUCCAGUCAGGCACACAGGCUGGAUGACCAGAGGCUCGCUCUGCCCUCCCUACCCGGGAUAAGUGCCACCACGAAGGUUAGCGCCGCACAAAUCAGUGUGGUUGAAAGCACAGCCUCCAAAAGACAAGGGGCGAAAAAGCCGACUUCUCAGGCCCAGACGACUGCGGCACCUUCGGGCUGCAGCCUGCCAAAAUCGUCAUCCUUCAACUGCGAGACAAAAUAUCAGCGGACGCUUGACUCCGCAGCUCAAAUGACAGUAAAGGUGUCAAUGAGCUUCACACCACAAACGGGACACAAGAAUGUCAACCAGCCUUUCCCAGAGGUCUUCCUCACUCUGGGCGCCCCAGGAGAAAAUCUCAUGAUCCCUCUCAGCCCGAGACCUGGCCGACCCGUCUCCUUGAACCUGAACCUCGUCCCCAGCCCCAGGAAUCCCCGUUCGAGGCCGUCGUCGCCCCAGCCCAAAGCGGCCCGGAAGGCGAAUCCCGUUACUUCUGGCCUUCCGGGACAGGAAGGGUCCGCAUCCGGCCCCAUCGGCCCACAGGAAGACUGCUUCUCUCUGAUUGGGAAGGUUCACACGUCCCACCCUAAAGUCGGAGUGACUCAAGGGGGGCAGAAACACAAAGAGGAUGCAGUGAAGGAGCGGGGCAAUGGAAAAGGGCAAGCUAAGAAAGAUCAGAAGAACGCUGGUAAUAAACACUAGACAGUCUCAUCAAGGUAAAUUGAAAUUAGAAGAAGGAGGCACUGUUCGUUGUAGUUGGUUAUCCUAAUUACAAUCACCCCCCCCCCCUCAUCAAUUCUUGACAUUUACCAUUCACAACAUAGUCCCCCCCUCACCCGCCAAAAAAUGCAUGAACCACUCUGUUAUCAGUUGAAACAAAACAAGUUGAUUUUUUUGCAUGAACAUAAUGUGAACUAUAAAUAAAUGACUGGAAAUGCACACUUAUGGACAAUCGCAAUGUUUUUUUUCUUUUUAUUUCUUUGUUUUAUUGAAUGUUUUUCGGAUAUGUUUCAUUUGCAGUACGGUGAUGUUAAAGGACCUGUGAAGUGAAUUGUAUUCAUUUAUUUAAUUUAGUUUCACUUUAAAGGCACUUGAAGGCAAUACAUGACAUGCUUUCUCAUAAGUUUGGGUCCCGGUGAACUCCUUGUGGAUCAAUAAGUUCAAAUCUGAUUUUAUUUUAGUGUAUUUUCACAAAGAAAUAUAUAUAAUAUAUAUAUAAUAUAUAUAUAUAAUAUUAUAUGUAUAAUAUAUAGUA